AUGUCUCCCACCUCGUCGAAGCGAAGAGAUCGCGGCUCGGGGUUCCUGAACCCAAGCCCUCCGGCGACCACGAUGGCCCCCGUACGAGCGGCUGCCCCAUCUACCCCGGUGCAAAUCCCAACAAGACCGAAAUCUCGGGAUAGGCCACACCCGCACAACUCGCAUCGCCAUCAUGAGGACAGGAAACAAAACUCGACAUCGCGCCAUCGGAGAGGCGUGCAUUCUCCCGAUGCGAUCCCGCCUUCUGUGGCCGCCCUCCUGGCUAUCACCAGUAUACCCCCGCCGAAAGCAACGAGGAGCAUGCGGCAGACAAGGGAGGAGAAGAGGAUGACGGUCGAGUCCAUCAUUGAAAGGGCUCAGGAGUCCGAGAAGCAGCUUAGUUUGACCCUAAGCAAUGACCCGAUGAAUAUUCUUUUGACACCCCCCGAAGACCUCGACGGCGACGAUUUGUCCGCGUGCGACAGCGCCCUAGGAUCCGUCUUGUCUUCGCGAACCAUCUCAUUGGAAUCUAUGCCAUCGCUCAGUAGUUCACUCACUACUGAGACGCCUUCUUCGUUGGAAACACCUUACACGCCGCUGAGGAAACGCAAGGCCCGGCCAACCCGCCGUUCACUGGAACCCGUCUCUUCACCGCCGGGCGAAUCCGACAGUCACCCGCUGUCAUCCCCCGAGAUUGACGUCGAGGAACUGGAUUUCAGAGUGUUCGAGGAGAAAACAGAGCUCCCGGAGAAAAAGACCUUGCGCCUGCCUUUUCAGCCUUUGAAGUCUGCUUUCAAAUCAAAUCUGACCGCUUCGCUAAGGGCAUUGCGCCAGGCGGCUCGUUCCUUUUCCAACCUGAACUUCCCAUCGAUUCCGCCCGAGGACUUUCUCACCAGGUCCAUCUUGACUAUCGACCCACAGGUCCCGUAUACAGACGAGCGCAGACCGCCUCCGUUGGAGGAGGAACCCACGGCUGCCUUGCGGCGCUAUCUGAACCCGACUACUACUGCUCGUCUUGAGAAACCCCAAUUACCCGCUUCCUCGUCCGGCCCGGUGCUACGAACAUUUACGGCCUCGAUCCAGAUGCAGACUUACAAGGUGCAACGGUCCCGGAGCGCGCCUCCAACCGUGAAUCGCUCCCCUUCACCGUUGGCAGGAGGAGGAGCCUACUCAGCGGCGCAAUCGGCGCCAACGUCGCAAACAAAACCGUCGCUCGCGGAGUACCCCUCACCGGGGCCUCGGCAGCGCGAGAUGCGCGAGAACCCCGAUUUCAUCCGCAUUGCCGUCAUGGAGAUGGCAAUGCGGAAACGCGGCAAGCUAAGCGAGCAGCGACCGGGUCGGGCUCGUUGGGCGCUCCCGCCAAGAAAACCGAGCUUGAGACCGUAUGUGGUUGGGCCCGACGGGGUGCCUGCUCGAUGGGUCUCCUGCUCGUGUGAGUAA